AAUGUAAAACGGACACGGAUGCUGUUGGGGCAUCAGUCAUCAGUCUCUCGUUGGGCUGCUGCCUUGCCACAAGUGUUGAACAUUAAGCGCGCGGCGGACGUGAACAAAAUAGUGCAGUCGAGAGCAUCAACGGCAGCCGCAGCAUCAUCAUCGACAUCAACAUCAUCGUCCUUUUUAUCUCAAAUAAAAACAACAACCCAAACCAAAUCGAAGCUAACCAAGCAAACCAAACCCAUAGAUAGCAACAAAAACAAAAACAAAAAGAAAGAAAAAGAAAAGGAAAACAACAGCAAAAACAAUGCCAUAACCAUAAUAUAGCAAGAAAGUGAAAAAUUGUGUACAUUAUCACCACAAGCAACAAAAAAAAAAAUAAAACAAAAUAAAAUAAAAAACAACAAAACAACACAGAGAGAAAAAAAUAACUAAAAAAAGUUACAACCAAAACAACGACAUUUCUAACAAAAAAUCAACAGAGAACAGCAGAACCCUUCAUAUCAAAAGGUGUUCCUCUCACACACACACUCUCUCUCUCUCUCUCUGUCUAACUUCGCCUCUCUCGCAACUGUUUUCCUUGGUUGAUUAUUAUUAUUGGAAUGAUAAAUUGUGCAUACACACAGCAGCAGCAGCAACAACAACAGCAAAAUGGAUGGCGAAAAUCGCAUAAUAUUAAAUGUGGGAGGCAUAAGGUAUGAGACGUAUAAAGCGACGCUAAAGAAAAUACCCGCCACAAGAUUAUCACGUUUAACUGAGGCCUUAGCCAACUACGAUCCAGUGCUGAAUGAAUAUUUCUUUGAUCGUCAUCCGGGAGUUUUUACACAAAUUCUCAACUAUUACAGAACUGGCAAAUUGCACUAUCCUACCGAUGUUUGUGGCCCUCUGUUUGAGGAAGAAUUAGAAUUUUGGGGUUUAGACUCUAAUCAAGUUGAACCUUGUUGUUGGUCCACCUAUAGUAUACACAGAGAUACUCAGAAUACUUUAGCCAUAUUGGAUAAAUUAGAUAUUGAUAAUGAAAAACCUUCGGAAGAACAAGUGGCCCGCCUUUUUGGUUUUGAGGAUUCCAUGAACAAGGGCCGUUUGAAUUGUUGGCAGCGUAUAAAACCUAAAAUAUGGGCUUUAUUCGACGAACCAUCCAGUUCGACAGGAGCCAAAGUGGUCGCCAGCAUGUCCGUAUUUUUCAUAUUCGUUUCUGUGAUAUCUUUCUGCCUGAAGACCCAUCCGGGUUUUCGUGUAGACUUUACACCCACCAAUAGCCAACAACAAAUAUCAGCAAACAUACCGACCAUACCUCAGCACAGCGCCACCACCGUCACAGCAAGCAUCGCCUCCUCCAGCCCAUCCAGCCACACCAUCUCCAGUGCGGUGAAUAGUAUGCCGCCAAGCACAGAUGCAUCGGCGUCGGCAAGUGGGUCAGGCACGUCCCUUCAUAAUCAUCUCAGUACAAAUCAGUACGACACCUCUUUGAAGCCCACCUUCAAGGUCAUCAACUAUACCAAUCCUUUGGCCCCCCUUAUAGGUGGGACGGGGGGGAAUUUUAGUUCGGGUCUGGUUACACCCAUAGCCACCUUUAGUCUGGAGAAAGCUGCCAGACGCAUCGAAAGGACACGUCGCCAAUCAUUGGAAGAGGAUGAGGAUGAGCAUGAGCAUGGCAGCUUAAAUUCCGAUGACACCCACAUUCAUGGAUGGCAUCAAUCCUUUGGCCAGCCGCAUGAGGCAUUUUUCUAUGUGGAGUUGGUGUGUAAUGUGUGGUUCUUUUUUGAGGUCAUCAUACGUUUCAUAGUCUCUCCAAAUUUGUGGCAGUUUGUGAAGUCCCCUGUCAACAUUAUUGACUUUGUGGCCACUUUGAGUUUCUACACCGAUGUCAUGCAACGCAUGGGCGAAUAUACCGGCCUGUGGGAGGCUUUCUCUAUAGUCCGCAUAAUGCGGCUCUUCAAAUUAACCCGCCACUCACCUGGGCUUAGGAUACUCAUACACACCUUCAAAGCCUCGGCAAAGGAGUUGACUUUAUUGGUGUUCUUUUUGGUGCUGGGCAUAGUGUUUUUUGCCAGUCUGGCUUAUUAUGCGGAAAAGCUGCAGGAUAAUCCAGAGAAUCAAUUCAAAAGCAUUCCCCUGGGUCUAUGGUGGGCCAUAGUCACCAUGACUACGGUGGGCUAUGGUGAUGUGGCGCCCAAAACCUAUCCGGGCAUGUUUGUGGGUGCCCUAUGCGCUCUGGCCGGUGUGUUGACAAUAGCUUUACCCGUACCUGUGAUUGUUAGCAACUUUUCCAUGUUUUAUUCACACACACAGGCACGCUCGAAAUUGCCCAAACAAAGGCGAAGAGUUCUGCCCGUGGAGCAGCCAAGACGCAAACGUGAACAAGUGCCACCGCCUCGAGGACGUACCCAUGCCUACAAGCAGACUUCGUUGACCCCUGGUGUAGUGGCCACAGGUGGUCCGGCCCAGCACACCCACAAUCCCAUGCUCAAGGAGGCGUUUGCUCCUGCCAAAAUUGCCACACAUACAGAGAGCAUGAAUGGUGUAAAUGUUAAUGGUGUUAGUAUUAUAGAACGACCACAAAAUCCCCUAUCCGGAAUAGUUAAGCAUAACACUAAAUCGGCUGAGACAUCGAUACAGACAUCACCAAUGGCUUUGAGAACCGGUCCCUCAGUUAUUAGCUCGGACUUUUUAAGUGUGCCGGCAAUGCAAAGCCUGCAGCCAAGAGCAGCCACCACGGGCAGUGACUAUCUUAUGCCCUUGCAGCCAAAAUUGCUGGCGCCAUUGGAACAAAAAGACCUUCAUCACCAACUCCAUCAUGGCGAUGACAAAGACGGCCAUGAUCAACAGCAGCAACAACAUCAAUUGCAUCAAGGCCUCCGACAUCGCUCCAAUAUACGAGCCAUGUUAAAUGUUCCUCCCACACUCAAUGUUGUGAAUACCCAAAUGCCACCUGGUAGCCAAUUUGGAGAGCAAAUGUUAAGUGAAGGUGAUCUUAAGGGCAGCGCUGCUUAUCGCAGCAAUGGUCACAGUGCCAAUAGUUCACCGCAAAAAAGUAAUGACACCAAUUGCAGUACACCCAACAUCAGCACCCUCAGCAACAACAACAACAACAAAGAUAUAAAUAUUCCUAUAAAUCAAACACUGCCCAUGCAGCAAUAUCAGCAUACACAGACUUCACUCACACAUGCACACUCAUACGCACACCAGCAGCUACAGAAUACACCUCCUCCUUCGGCGGCAGGCUCAACACAUCAUCAUCAUCAUCCAAUGUGUUAUCCUGUAUUCCAGCCCAAGGUCACUCUGGUCAAUGAUGAUGGGGCCGAGGAAGAGGAUGAAAUGGGAGCCAUUUGUGAUGGCUGUGAGGGGGCAUAUCAGCGCCACAGCUUGGAUAGUGGUGAUGAUCAUUCGGCAACCAAUGGCCGUGAUAGUCCUUGCUCCUUUGCCCUGGAACACAUAGCGGAAGAUUGAGCAUACACAAAUAGGCUUCUGAUCUUCAAAUCGCUCUGAGAAAUGGGCAAGCCCAAAAAUUUAUUAACAAAAAUUUGCUGACAAAAUCAGGACAACUUUAAGAUAUUUUUAAGUAUGAAAAAACAAAUCCUUGAAGUUAUUUUUUCAUUGCAGCUUUAAUUGAUUUUGUGAUAAUUUAGUUUUAUAUAACCUAGACCUACAUCAUUGAUGUCGGAAAAUCGUAUUCUACACAAUUUAAAACACCAUAUAGGAUAGAUCCUCUCUGUAGAGUGGAUGUGAAAAUCUUGUUCUGUCCUUUUAACUAUUGCUGUUUGUCUGUCCAGGAACAAUUUUUUGACUACAAAAACAAGGAUUUUUCCUCCUAAGUCUGAGAAUUUUGAAUUUUUGCUGUAGAAGCCUUCUAGGGUUGUUAUCGACAUAAAAUGACACGAGCUGAAAUAUGUUCGAAGAUUUUUGCACAAAAGUAUCAUGACGGAGGCAGGAUUCGUCACAGAAAUUCCUAUUGACCUCUUAUGACGUACUUCUUAUCCAAUCGGGGGCAGGAUUCGUCACAGAAAUUCCUAUUGACCUCUUAUGACGAACUUCUUAUCCAAUCGGGGGCAGAAUUCGUCACAGAAAUUCCUAUUGACUUCUUAUGACGAACUUCUUAUCCAAUCGGGGGCAGGAUUCGUCACAGAAAUUCCUAUUGACCUCUUAUGACGAACUUCUUAUCCAAUCGGGCGCAGGAUACGUCACAGAAAAUCCUAUUGGUGAGAAGAAUUAUUUCGAUUUAUUGAUUUAUGAUCUUUUUGUCACCUAUCGUCCUUCCUUACGCCAUGCCAGGGUGUCGAUUGAUCUCCUUUCGCUUUAUCUCAAAGUGGUGUAGGGUAUCAAGCGGUCGAAUUUGACCGACUGUAAUCAUUUUCCAAUCUGUUUUUAUCUAAGCCUAGUUUUCAAAAAGUAACUACAAUUAAAAAAAAAAAAACAAAAACUGCUCACUUGUUAAGAACAAAAACAAAAAACCAAAAACCUAGUUAAAACGAACAAAUGGCCACAAGUAUUCUUAGUAAGCUAAGACAAAAGUUUUGAUGUAGAAAAAAAGCAAGAAAAACUAAAACUUAAACAAAAUCAAGUAACUUAAGAAUGUUGGAUUUAUUUACACAAAAUGCAUUAUUGUACAGAUCGAUCAAGGAUAGGGCAUGUCAUUUGCCUACAUCCUUCAGAGAAUUGUUUGCUAUCUAACCAUCAAGAGAAUCAUGUUGUAUUGGUGUUUUUGCCGAUUCCAUUUAAAUAGAAUGUACGAAUAGUCAAUAAGAUCGUCGCUAGAUGAGAUAUUGUUCCAAGUUUGAAUUUUAACAACCAACAAAAAUAGUGUGUAUUGCUAUAAGUAUCGUAAAUUGUAAAAUUUAGUCUAAUUGAGUAUCUAAGCAAAAAUAUAACAAAAUUUAAAAAAAUAAAACCAAACAACCUAGUCAAAUUGUCUUAAAAGAAAAAAAAAAUAAAACAACCCCCCCCCC